AUGCGGGGCACAGGGGCAGCGACCCUGCCCCCCAUGCUCCGCAUAUUCCCGAGGCUCACCGAGAGCUUCCCGCAGAGAAAUACUCGUUCUGCUUUGGGAACUCUCCUGCCGAGCGCUCGCUCUAACAGCGAUCAGGUCACCGUACUCGUUAGCGGGAGCAAGAGCUGUUUUCAGCAAGGUUUUCACAAAAUCAGUCACCUUAGUCGCAAGCUACUGCCUGACCGGUAUGCACCUGUGCUGCUCUUCCUCUUGAGACUUUUAAAUCUUGUUUCUAACUUCUUUGGGUUCAUAGUGUUGCUAGUAACAAUCCUUGUAGUGGAAGGGAUUGCUGUUGCACAGAAGACACAAGGUGGGCAAAAUAUUGGAGUGAAUCGCAUUCCUCCUACCCAGUGUGACAACUGGGUACGGACAAGUAAUGGAGGACAUUUUGCUUCACCAAACUACCCUAACAUGUACCCACCAAAUCAAGAGUGCAUCUAUAUCUUGGAAGCUGCUCCACGACAAAGAAUUGAGUUGACCUUUGAUGAACCCUAUUACAUAGAACCCUCAUUUGAAUGUCGGUUUGAUCAUCUGGAGGUUCGAGAUGGACCUUUUGGUUUCUCCCCUCUUAUUAAUCGUUAUUGUGGUCUGAAGAGUCCUGCACUAAUCAGAUCAACGGGGAGAUUUAUGUGGAUCAAGUUUACUUCUGAUGAGGAGCUGGAAGGAAAGGGAUUUCAAGCAAAGUACUCAUUUAUACCAGAUCCUGACUUCACUUACCUAGGAGGUAUUUUAAAUCCCAUCCCAGACUGCCAAUUUGAGCUCUCAGGAGCUGAUGGAAUAGUACGUUCCAGUCAAGUAGAACAAGAAGGAAAAACAAAACCAGGACAAGCAGUUGACUGCAUAUGGACAAUUAAGGCUACUCCAAAUGCUAAGAUUUAUUUGCGAUUUCUUGACUAUCAAAUGGAGCAUUCAAAUGAAUGCAAAAGAAACUUUGUUGCUGUAUAUGAUGGAAGUAGUUCUAUUGAAAACCUGAAGGCAAAGUUCUGCAGCACCGUAGCGAACGAUGUCACGCUGCAGACUGGGACAGGCGUGGUACGAAUGUGGGCAGACGAAGGCAGUAGACUAAGCAGAUUCAGAAUGCUCUUCACUUCAUUUGUGGAUCCUCCCUGCUCAGGCAACACUUACUUCUGCCAUAGCAACAUGUGCAUCAAUAAUUCUUUAGUCUGCAAUGGCAUUCAAAACUGUGCAUACCCUUGGGAUGAAAAUCACUGCAGAGAAAAGAAAACAACUGGAUUGUUUGAACAAAUCACCAAAACUCAUGGAACAAUCAUUGGCAUCACAUCAGGGAUAGUUUUAGUUCUUCUCAUCAUUUCAAUUCUAGUACAAGUAAAGCAGCCUCGCAAAAAGGUUAUGGCUUGCAAGACUGCUUUCAAUAAAACUGGUUUCCAUGAAGUAUUUGAUCCUCCACAUUAUGAACUAUUUUCACUAAGGGACAAAGAAAUUUCUGCAGAUUUGGCGGAUUUAUCAGAAGAACUUGAAAACUAUCAGAAAAUGAGACGCCCUUCAACAGCUUCCAGAUGCAUUCAUGACCACCACUGUGGAUCCCAGGCCUCUAACAUAAAACAAAGCAGGACAAACCUCAGCUCCAUGGAACUUCCCUUUCGCAAUGAUUUUGCACAGCCUCAGCCAAUGAAAACAUUUAAUAGCACAUUCAAGAAGAGUAGUUACACCUUCAAACAAGCGCAUGACUGCCCUGAGCAAGUCAUAGAAGACAGGGUGAUGGAGGAGAUUCCGUGUGAAAUCUAUGUUAGAGGAAGAGAAGAUACAGCACAAGGUUCAUUAUCUAUUGACUUUUGAUUUCCUAGUGAAGGUGAUAUCAGUGUAUAUACAAGAUGCUUGUGUAUAAUGACAGUGUAUAUAUUAAAAGUGUACUAUAUGCAGCGUGUGAGAUGCACACACUUUUAGCUUAUACAUCAUUUAAAAAACCCCAAAAUCUUCAUAACUAGUUCUUGCUGAAAAAUGGUGGAUUUCCUCCCAUCUUCCCAAGCUACCUAUCUAGCAGAGGAGUAAGACAGACUUUGCAUGGAAACUAUAAGUUAAGGAUAUUGGAAGAAAAAAAACCAACAACUACUAAUCACUGAACACUGAAAACAAUGACUACUGUUCUCUUCCUCAUAUCAUUUUCUCCUUUAGACAUCUGCUUUUCAAGACAAUUUUAAUACCUCAAUUACAUAAAUAAAAGUAGUUAAGUGCA